AUGGCUGAAGAAAAUGAAUAUUCCCCCGGUUCUGAACUGGGGGAUCCUACAUCCACGACGCCUCAGUCCCUCGCUAAAGCUGUUCAUGCCCGACGAUCGGAAUUCGUGCGACCGCAUAGUUUAAAGGUCAAGAUUGGAACGUGGAACGUUGCUGCAUGUACAGGCACGGAUAAAGACCUUGCGACAUGGUUUACAUGCGGUGAAGGUUUGGACCAGCAAUUGACAAGCCUCAAUCUUUCUCAAAAUAGUGCUGUGGAAAAAGACGAUGGAGAUGGUGGCAGUCCCAAGCCCCUACACUUGACUUCUGGCAACGACAUUGGUCUUUAUGUGCUGGGACUGCAAGAAAUUGUAGAUCUGAACACAACCAAGGAUUACAUGAACCGUGCGGUUUACACGGACACUACUGUCAUGGAUAAAUGGAAGGCAGCGUUGGAGGCAGCAUUACCUAAAGGUUACGAACUGAUUACAGCCGAGCAGAUGACUGGCUUGUUGCUCCUGGUAUACGCUUCUCCAGAAAUUACGCCUACCAUCAGCAGCGUCAGUACGAAGCAGGUUGGCACGGGUCUCUUGGGGUAUUUUGGAAACAAGGGAGCUGUCACAACGAGACUAUUGCUUGGCGAAACAACGCGUAUGGUCUUCGUGAACAGCCACUUGGCUAGUGGUGCUGGCUCUUCGUACUUGGACCGCCGCUGUUGGGACGUUGGACAAGUUCUCUCGCGGACCCAAUUCGACCCAAUUGUGCACUCAGGCGUCGAGGAAGAUGAGGGGGAGAAAAUUGGAGACGAAGAUCUUGCAUUCUGGUUUGGAGAUUUGAACUUCCGAUUGGAUGGACUACCUGGAGAUGAUAUAAGACGGUUACUCACGUUGCAUGCUCGGGGUGAGUAUGGCGCAAGCGAGGAUGAGUCCAAACCACUUGACGAGCAGGGUAUCAUUGUCAUGAGGGGUUCCGAAAGCGACGAUGAGUCCUCUUCACGACCAUCGCUGCACUCAAGAGAAGAAAGCUUCGAUACAGCUAGCGACCUGCCAGACCCUGAUGACUUUCCUGAAGACCCCAGUCAAGAUCCCACCUCGUUGCAGGCCACGAUUGACUCUCUACUGCCACAUGAUCAACUACGGAGGGUUAUCAAGCAGAGGAAGGCAUUCCACGAUGGCUGGCAAGAAGGACCAAUUACAUUUCUUCCGACAUACAAGUAUGAUAUUGGUACAGUCGGCCUCUUUGACUCAAGUGAGAAGCAAAGAGCUCCAAGUUGGUGUGAUCGCAUUUUGUUCAGGACUCGAAAGGACAAACAAGAUUACGAAAACAAGAUCAAAGAUGAAGAAGAAGCUAAGAAGAAAGACGAAGAGAUGAAGUCUAGAGGCUUAGAAGAGGAUGAAGACGUGCUCUUUAGUUACGACCCUGACGCUGAUGGAGAGGACCCAACAUCUUCUACUGACAACCUUGGGUAUGAUGAAUAUGAUGACAACGACGACGACCAAGAAGGAGAUGAGCUUGUAACCAAGGAAGGCUUCCGGGAUCGUAUCAGUCUUGAGAUCUACGCCUCGCACCAACGCAUUACGUCGUCAGACCACAAGCCUAUCACUUCAAUCUUUACCCUCGACUACGAUGCUGUUGUACCAGAACUCAAGGCCAAGGUCCAUUCAGAAGUAGCACGAGAACUAGACAGAGCGGAGAAUGAGGGUAGACCAGGUAUCACGGUUGUCGUGGAAGGAAGUGAAGGCAAUGAGGACAAGAUUGUCGAUUUUGAGGAGGUUCUGCCACUAGAGAAGCAGACACGCCAUUUGACAGUUGCCAAUACUGGAAGUGUUGCGGCGACCUUUUCGUUUGUGACGAAACCAACAACAGAUGACGGGGAUGACGCUAUCCCUGAAUGGCUGACGACGACUUUUGUGUCCGCCGACGAAGAAACCCAAACAUCUUUGGGAACUACUGUCACGCUAGAUCCUGGAGAGACCGCCUUGGUUCUGCUGGAACUUCAAGUAUCGACUGUGGCUCACAUCAGGGCACUGAACGAGGCCCGCGCCAAGAUCGAAGAGGUCCUAGUUCUUCGUGUGGAGGACGGCCGAGAUCACUUCAUUCCUGUUCGUGGGACCUGGCAACCGUCUUGUCUGGGUCGCUCCAUUGCAGAGUUGAUCCGGAUCCCCGAUGGAGGUAUUCGUAAGUUUAUCGAGAAUAAGGGUAUUAAGGGGGCGAUCUCCUACGACUCAGCUGUACAAUGUUCGGCGCCAAAAGAGCUGUUCAAGCUUACUGAAGUGGUUCAAACUCUCAUUGAGCGCAGUCUGGCUGAAGCAACGAUGCUUGAGGAUGAGGUAUUACCGAGAGAUCCUGGAUGGCCACUCGAGGCUUCGACGUGGAGGGUUGGCGAAGCUGAUAUGCAAGAUGCAAAAGUCAAGCUCGUGUAUGCUCUUGAUAAUGAUGGCUCUCUUCUUGAUGCACUCCCGUUAGAAUGGCCUGCGUCUUUCAAGUUAGAAGUUGUUUGCUCCGUCCUGCUCCUUUUCCUCGAGUCACUUACUGAUGGGCUCAUUCCUACGCACCUCUGGGCCAAGCUCUCUACGUCUUUACCCAACGUAGCGUCUAUACCUCCGACUGCCUGGUCCGAUACUAAGACCGGGGUUCUUGACAUACUCUCGACAGCGCCAAACCACAACAUUGCUUUUGUCUUCCUAACGGCCACGCUGUCUCGUGCAGCAUCAGAGCUUACACCCGUGACAAAUGAUCCCAAAGGUGGUCUCUCCCGUCGUCUCAGCUUUCGUCGAGGGAAUGCACAAGAUGAGGACUCAAAGAAACGAAAGAUGAGAGAACACAGAUAUGCCGAGCUAGUCGGGCCACUAGUGUGUCGGAUAGACGAGAAGGAGAAAGGCGCAAGGGACCGGGCGAGGACGGUAGUAGAAAUGUUCAUAAUGCGUGACGAGGGGAGUUAG